GUAAAUCAAGUCAACCCUGGUUGGCUGCCGGGCAAAAAGCUUCGAACCUCUUCUAUUCUGUUCUCUCCUCUCUCUACACCUUCCGAUCUCACUUCCUCCAUCUCUCUCUACCUUUCUCUCCGCCUUUACACCCAUUCGGAUCCCAAUCCAAGUCCGACCCGCCGAAUCCCCGACCCGACUCGCCUUUGCAAAAUGGACGGAACCGCGGCUGCUGGCGGAGGCGGCGGUCCGGCGCCGUUCCUGCUGAAGACGUACGACAUGGUGGACGACUCGGCGACGGACGAGAUCGUGUCGUGGAGCUCCAACAAGAAGAGCUUCGUCGUCUGGAACCCUCCAGAAUUCGCUCGGCUUCUGCUCCCUACCUAUUUCAAGCACAACAACUUCUCUAGCUUCAUCCGUCAGCUCAAUACCUACGGAUUUCGAAAGAUUGAUCCUGAAAGAUGGGAGUUUGCUAAUGAAGAAUUCAUACAAGAUCAAAAGCAUCUUCUUAAGAAUAUUCAUCGCAGAAAACCCAUUCAUAGCCACAGUAAUCCUCAGGGUUCUAUGGUUGAUCAGGAAAGAGCAGCUCUUGAUGAUGAAAUAGAGAAGCUAUCACACGAAAAAGCUGCACUUGAGGCAAAUAUUUCAAGGUUCCAGCAGCAGCGAUCUGCUGAAAAGCUUCAGUUGGAAGACCUGACACAGCGGGUAAAUGGUAUGGAGCAGCGGCAGAAGAGUUUACUAACAUUCUUAGAUAAAGCUGUUCAGGACCCUGCCUUUGUUGAACAUCUAGCCCGAAAAAUUGAAUCUAUGGAUUUCUCAGCAUAUAACAAGAAAAGGCGACUGCCUGAUGUGGACCACUCACAGCCAGUUGUGGACAAUAGUUUUGUGGAUAACCAAAGUAGUUCCAGAUCGGAGUUUGGAAAUAUUUUCCACCAAGACUUUUCAAGUAAGCUGAGGCUGGAAUUAUCUCCAGCUGUUUCAGACAUGAACCUGGUUUCACGUAGCACCCAGAGUUCCAAUGAAGAUGGGGAUAGUUCAACUAGGAAAAUAUCGGAAGAACUGAAAGGUGCACAGAUGAGAACAGAAGGCCUUUUAUUUGCAAAUGAACCACUAGAACUUUCAGAUACUGGAACAUCUUUUGCAUUCAAAAUGGAUACGUUGUCACGAAAAGCACCAAAUGUUGGAAGCCCUGGACUUCAUUCCUUGCAGCCAGGUUUGCCUUCUAAUGAAGAUAGUGAUGGCCAGAUAGCCUGUCACUUGAAUCUCACACUAUCAUCUUCUCCCUUGAAAGUGAUCAGUAGCCCGCAUUCAGCUACGGUACCCCUAGCAGGUCAGGACAUUAGCAACUCCCCAUCCCCAGGUUUGAAUGCCACUAACAAAGAAUCAGAUAUAAGAGCCCUUCCACAGAAAAAUCUGGCUGAUGAAGACAGGCCUAAAAGUUCCCAAAAAGAGGCCACAAAACACAGUAAAGGGCAUACAUCUGUUCCAGUUAGAGUAAAUGAUGUUUUCUGGGAACAGUUCCUAACGGAAAGACCUGGUUGUUCAGAGAAUGAAGAAGCGAGUUCUAAUUUUAGAGAAAAUCCGUAUGAUGAGCAAGAUGGAAUGGCCAGAAAUGCCAAAGGUGCAGAAACACUUGCUCUUUGACAACCACAGUGCGGUGAGCCCCAGGACAAGGUUCCAAGCAGGCUCUCUUCCUGUUCUUCUCAUUCUAUGUGAGAUUCAUGUUUCUUAAGAUCUCGAACUUGACGUGACUUUACCUGUCAUUGGUUUGAAUAAGUUCUUGCCAAAAUGCCAUUAGUUCUCAGUUGCCUUUUGCUACUGUUAGUGGUCAUGAUUUGACUACAUCAGCAGUGUGGUAUUUGUGCAUACAUUGUAACUACGUUUCUAACCAUUAGAUAGUUAGGUGAUUUUGGUUUCUUAAGAAUGUAUUCCACCUGUUGGACAGAAACAUAUUAACCUGCUAUUCUGUUUGAUAUA